CUUCCUAUGAUAGAAACUGCAGUAUUCAAGUGUAUUACUGACGUGCGACACGGCGAGCGAAUGUUAUAAUGACGUUUGACCCCGCACCUCUGAAGUGAAUCGGUCUCUGUGACGUAUUCCUGCAAUGGCUGACGUGGGAACUGAUUGGUUGCUGGAGGCCAAGAUCUGCCUCUACGGACAACAGGACGACACGGUGAGGCCUAUAAAAGGUGAUGACGUCAUCAGCAGGGAUGAGAUAUUCAAGAAGUUGGAGCUGAUGUUGGAGCAGGAGGAGCUGAUCGCUGACUUCCGGUCUGACUGCCAGGCACUGCAGCAAAUGACUUGUAACCAUGGUAACCGUGCGGCAGCAACGAAUUCCAAGAAGACACCGGCCCCGAAAGGCGUCGGCAACAUGGCGGCCAUUCAUUUGGAGAGAAAACAUUGGGGGGAGGAGAAAGCCAACCUGUUUGACCAGCUAGACGUCAAGGACAAGGAGAUCGACAGUCAGUUUCAGCUCAUCGAGAGCCUGAAGGAACAAACACUAGAGCAGGAAGACUUGAUCAGCGCAUCUCGUCGCGACUACAGGACCAUACAGCAGGAGAUGGCGAGCGUCCUGGAAGAGAACAGAUCACUGCUGCGGAAGAUGGGUUCACGGUUUGAGAAGACCUCAGAAGAGAUGUGUCUAAAGGACACUGAAAUCGCGAGACUUACUGCGGAACUCAACCAGACAGUUAACUCCCUGAAUUCCGCCCAAUCUGACCUGCAAGCGUUGAAAAGCCGGACUCUCGUGGAGACGAACAUAGGCGAAAUGAUGCUGUCGCUCUUGAAGGAUCUGGAGGACGUGGAUCACCUCAUUGGGGGCUGCCCUGCCGAGUGUAAGCCUUCUGGUGAGACGGAAGACAUUGCCGACACAUUCAAGAUGGCGCGUCUCAGCAUCAGGCAACUCAAGACAGAGCUGAGGACCCACGUGACCAGGUCUAGGCAAAUGGGUACUGUCCAGGAGGACAAGUCCAAUGAGCAAUUGGAUGAAAAACUGUUGGCUUGCAAACGCACGAUUCAAAUGCACGAGGCUAAGAUGUCAACUCUCACAGAGACCAUCCAGGACAUCGAGUCCAAGAAACGGGAGCUGCAGAAUAAUGUGGACUCUCUCAAUGAGGAGGUGGCCAAGUUGAAGGCACAGGAUGCCCUGCACAAGGUGACCCUGAGUGGUGAUGCGGCCCGGCAGGAAGCCAUCAUGAUGGGGACUUUAGAGUCACGCGGAGAGCAGCAUCUGGAGCAGCUGCAGUCUCUCAGAGAUGAACUUUCCUCAAAACAUGACCUCACGAGCCACCUCACCGAGACCAACCAGAAGCUGACCCUGGCCCUGGAGAAGCUCCAGGCCGACUGCGACAAGCUCAAGUCCGAGGAGGCUGACAAGACCAGUAGGCUGUCCGAGAUCUCGCUACAGAUGGACCGCCGAGAACAGGCCAAGCAGGAUCUCAAGAAGCUCCAGGAGAUUGUUGCCAAGGAACUUGACACUCUGCAUUUGGAGCGCCAAAUGUUUUUCGAGGAUAUUCUGAGGAGUACUAGCACCACGGAGAAGGAAGACGCGGCGGACGCCAGUGAUCAAAUUGGACUAUUACCGAUGCUCAUGCGUGAAAAUGUCAAUCUCCGAAGUACGAUUCAUCGAGAAAGAAAAAUGUGGAAAGGAAAACAAGAAAGUAAAAAGGAGACGAAGGGGACUGAAAACAGGAAAUAAAGUGUGUGUGUGAUUCAUUUGGAAAGCAUGCGAUUUUCUGGGGCAAAGCCAUUUAGGAGAUAGAGCCGACACGUGAUAUGGGUCUAUUUUCCACACACUAACAUUCUGCUACAUGUACUAGUGGGGUGUGGCUUCCUCGCCAGCAUGGACGACAUCAACAUCACGUACAUGACUUCUACGUGGACGACAUCAAGAUCACUUAUAUAUGUCAUCUACAUGGACGACAUCAACAUCACGUAUAUGACAUCUACAUUGACGACAUCAACAUCACGUAUGUGACAUCUUCAUGGACGACAUCAACAUUACGUAUAUGACAUCUACGUGGACGACAUCAACAUCACGUAUAUGACAUCUACGUGGACGACAUCAACAUAACGUAUAUGACAUCUACGUGGACGACAUCAACAUAACGUAUAUGACAUCUACGUGGACGAAAUCAACAUAACGUAUAUGCCAUCUACGUGGACGACAUCAACAUCACGUAUAUGACAUCUACGUGGACGAAAUCAACAUCACGUAUAUGACUUCUACGUGGACGACAUCAACAUAACGUAUAUGGCAUCUACGUGGACGACAUCAACAUCACGUAUAUGACAUCUACAUGGACGACAUCAACAUCACGUAUGUGACAUCUUCAUGGACGACAUCAACAUUACGUAUAUGACAUCUACGUGGACGACAUCAACAUCACGUAUAUGACAUCUACGUGGACGACAUCAACAUAACGUAUAUGACAUCUACGUGGACGACAUCAACAUAACGUAUAUGACAUCUACGUGGACGAAAUCAACAUAACGUAUAUGCCAUCUACGUGGACGACAUCAACAUCACGUAUAUGACAUCUACGUGGACGAAAUCAACAUCACGUAUAUGACUUCUACGUGGACGACAUCAACAUCACGUAUAUGACAUCUACGUGGACGAAAUCAACAUCACGUAUAUGACUUCUACGUUGACGACAUCAACAUCACGUAUAUGACAUCUACAUGGACGACAUCAACAUCACCUAUAUGACAUCUACAUGGACGACAUCAACAUCACGUAUAUGACAUCUACAUUGACGACAUCAACAUCACGUAUGUGACAUCUUCAUGGACGACAUCAACAUCACGUAUAUGACAUCUACGUGGACGACAUCAACAUCACGUAUAUGACAUCUACAUGGACGACAUCAACAUCACCUAUAUGACAUCUACAUGGACGACAUCAACAUCACGUAUAUGACAUCUACAUUGACGACAUCAACAUCACGUAUGUGACAUCUUCAUGGACGACAUCAACAUCACGUAUAUGACAUCUACGUGGACGACAUCAACAUAACGUAUAUGACAUCAACGUGGACGACAUCAACCUAACGUAUAUGACAUCUACG